AUGUAUGUGGUGAAGAGGGACGGGAGCACAGAGGAGGUGAAGUUUGACACCAUCACCCAGCGCUUGCGACCUCUUUGUGAGGGCUUAGAUGCCAGCUACAUUGAUCCCGUGCCAGUCACGCAGAAAGUCAUUGAGGGAUUUUAUCCUGGAAUCUCCACGGCCGAAGUGGACACUCUGGCGGCCGAAACCUGUGCUUACAUGAGCCAGAAGCAUCCGGACUUUUCAAUCCUGGCGGCCCGCAUUGCGGUGUCCAAUUUGCAUAAGAACACCUCGGAGUCCUUCUUUGAGACUUGUAAGGUCUUGCAUGACUACACUGACGAUCAGGGCAGACCUGCUGCUUUGUUGGCAGAAGAUGUGUGGACCUUCAUCCAGGUCAAUGCCAAUGCGCUGGACGAAGCCAUGGACUACAGCAGGGAUUUCGGCUAUGACUACUUCGGCUUCAAAACCCUUGAGAAGUCCUACCUGCUUCGCGUGGGAAAGAAGGUCGUGGAGCGUCCCCAGCACAUGCUGAUGCGAGCUGCUUGUGGCAUCCACUGCGGGGAUUUGGUGGCGACUGUGGAAACCUAUGACCUCAUGUCCAGGAAGUUCUUCACGCACGCCAGUCCCACGCUUUUCAAUGCUGGCACGCCAAAUCCGCAGAUGUCUUCCUGCUUCCUCCUGAAGUUGAAGGAUGAUAGCAUCGAAGGCGUCUACGACACCCUAAAGCAGUGUGCCCUCGUCUCCAAAUCCGCAGGGGGCAUUGGUUUGGCCAUCUCCAAUGCACGUGCCACAGGCUCCUAUAUUCGUGGCAACAACGGCCGCAGCAAGGGGCUGAUUCCCAUGUUACGGAACUUCAACGAGACGGCGCGCUAUGUGGAGCAGGGGGGCGGCAAACGCAAGGGAGCCUUUGCCAUGUAUCUGGAGCCAUGGCACCCGGACGUCUUUGACUUCAUCGAGCUCCGAAAGAACCAUGGCAAGGAGGAGCAACGAGCCAGGGAUCUGUUCCUGGGUCUUUGGAUCCCUGAUCUGUUCAUGAAGCGAGUCAAGGAGAAUCAGGAUUGGACUCUCUUCUGCCCCAACGAAGCCUAUGACAACGACACGGGCAAGGGAUUGAUGGAUCUCUGGGGCGAGGACUUUGAAAAGCUGUACACCAGGCUGGAAGCCGAAGGCAUCGGUCGGAAAACGGUGAAGGCUCAACAGCUCUGGUUUCGAAUCUUGGAGGCUCAAAUGGAGACAGGGACUCCCUACAUGCUCUACAAGGAUGCAGCCAAUCGCAAGUCCAACCAGCAAAAUCUGGGCACCAUCCAUUGCUCCAACUUGUGCACCGAGAUCAUCGAAUAUACCUCUCCAGACGAGGUGGCCGUGUGCAACCUAGCUUCGCUGGCCUUGUCCUCCUUCGCGAAAGCCGAGCGCUAUGAUUUUGAGCAGCUCUACGAGGUGACCAAAGUGGUGACACGCAACCUCAACAAGGUCAUUGACAGAAACUACUACCCGGUGGAGGAGGCGCGGAGGAGCAACCUGAGGCAUCGCCCAGUGGGCUUGGGGGUGCAGGGAUUGGCCGAUGCCUUUCUGAUGAUGAAGAUGCCCUUUGAAAGCCCAGAAGCCAAGCAACUCAACGAGGAGAUCUUCGAAACCAUCUACUUCGCUGCGUGCGAGGCUUCCUGUGAACUGGCCGCUGCACAGGGGCCCUAUGAGACCUAUGAAGGCAGUCCCGCCAGCCGAAACCUGCUGCAGUUCGACCUUUGGGAGCGAAAGCCGCGCAGUGGACGAUGGGAUUGGGCCGCCCUGAAGGCGAAGAUCGCCCAGUUCGGCUUGAGGAACUCCCUGUUGGUGGCACCGAUGCCCACGGCCAGCACUGCACAGAUCUUGGGGAACAACGAGUCCUUUGAGCCCUACACCCAGAACUUGUACGUCAGACGGGUCCUGUCCGGAGAGUUUGUCCAGGUGAACCGGCACUUGCUGAAGGAGCCGGCUGAACAUGUCCAUGCAUUGGAUCUGAUCUCGCGGGGCUUGUGGACUGAUGAGCUGCGAGUGAAACUUAUCGCGCAGAACGGCAGCGUGCAACGACUGGAUCUGCCUGAGGAUCUCAAGGAACUGUACAAAACAGUUUGGGAGAUCAAACAGCGGGUGGUGCUGGAUAUGGCAGCGGACCGGGGCGCCUACAUUGAUCAGUCACAGUCCUUGAUGCUUGGCUGCAUGAGGAAGGGAAGAUCUACAGGAAGUACUUAG